AGUGUAAACAUUAAAAACAUGUAGUCAUGGUUGUUCAUUUUCGCAACAUAACCCACUUUGGAUAAGAUAGAUUAAGCGAAGUAUCUUUCGGACACUUUGUUUAGCAAGAUACAAGGCAUACUUUCAUUGAAUGGACUUCCUAGAUUUGCGAGAUUGAGAUUUUUUAAAGUGCACAGGUAAAGACCCGAUACGUACCAUGUUGUCCACAGCUAUGCUAUGUCAAUAUAUAAUCCGCGGAACAUCUGUUCAAAUUCCAAGUUAUGUGUGAUGAAACAAAAGAGUAUGAGCAGAAAAUGUGAAUAUUUACUUGAUUGAAUUAUCUAAUAUACAUAUAUUUGGAAAAGCUUUGAUGACGAUCAAUGUUUUAUUUUGUCGUUAUCAUCGAAUGGCUGUGCAUGCAAUAGCAUGGCUUCUCUAUUAUUUCUUGCUGUUGGUACGAACUCCUGACUGUGUAUCAAUUGACGCGAAUGAAUUCAUACGAGCUGGCUGCCUUCUUCAUCAAACAUUCAAAAGCUCUGGAGAUUUUAUUAUUGCGGGUUUCGUGCCUGGUCACACGAUCAGUAAAACUGGCAAGUACAAGGAAAACUAUCCAAGCGUGAUAUGGGCGUCCGCGUUGGCGUAUUCUGUUGAAGAAAUCAAUGAAAAUCCCGACAUUCUUCCCGGUAUAAAGCUAGGCUACGAUAUUCGGGAUAGUUGUAAUAACGCCGAAGUUGCUAUAACGCAUUCCUUGGAGUUCAUCCUUGAUAAAUCUUUUGCAGCCAGCAAUGGUUUUAACAGCGUAAUUGCCGGGGUUGUUGGUGGGGCCUCAAGUACCAUCUCGACCGUAAUAAGCAACCUCUUAAGUACGGACUAUGUGCCACAGGUAUCCUAUUCAGCUACUAGCGUGGCGUUAUCCGACCGAAAGCUUUACCGAAGCUUCUUUAGAACUGUGCCGUCAGACGUCAACCAGGCUGCUGCGAUAGCGGACUUGCUGAAAUACUUCGACUGGACGUACGUCUCUGUGUUUGCCUCCGACGAUGCGUACGGUCGGUUAGGCUUGGACGAACUAAGACUGAGUGCAAAACAGAGAGAUUUGUGUUUUGCUAAAGAUAAAGUGUUUAAUCCCAAUUUAGCCGAUGGUAGCAGAGAAUUAACAGAAAUCAUAAAUUCGUUGCGCACGUUUAAUGGAACAGCUCACGUGGUUGUAUUGUGGUGCCAAUUUAACGACGCCGAAGCAAUUAUUGAGGGCGCCAAAGCAGCUGGUAUUUCAAACAUCACUUGGAUAGGUACAGAAACGUGGGGAACUCGCAUAACAAGAAUGCCACUAGGACACAAUUUGAUUGGAAUGCACUUGUACCAACCACGCAUCGACAAAUUUAUAAAGAAGUUUUAUAAUCCUUCUUCCGGACAUUAUAAUUGUAGAAAUCCAUGGUACAAAACCAUAGUAUACGGCAUGUGCUUUCUGCCGCUUGCGAAAACGCUCCCCAUAAAUAAAUACCCGCAGGUAGUGGCCUCCGUCUACUCUCUAGCGUACGGUCUCCAUAACACACUAGGAUGUACGAAACGCAAAUGCCCGCGUGACCGAAACUUUUUGAAUUACAAAUUUCUGUAUGAGAACAUCACCAAGUUGGACUUUGUUAUCCCAGAUACAGAUUAUCGCGUAAAAUUUAAUGCUGAUGGAGAGAGCGCUAUUGUGGCAUAUGAUUACAUGUUUUUAAGUAACGAGACCUAUAAGCUUUUUGGAAACUGGACAAGUACAAACUCGAUAGCUAUAAGUGACGGUGAAACAAUAUGGAAAGGGCAGAGAAAACCGGUGUCGCAUUGUAGUGACGAUUGUCAACCGGGUUACUAUCGUAUCAAGAGCUCGUCUGCGUGUUGUUGGAAGUGUGCACUUUGUAGCGGCAAUCGGAUUUCUAAUACAAUCAACCAAGACAUCUGCGAACUCUGCUCGUACAAGGAAAAGGCGAACGCUAACCACACGGAGUGCGUACCGUUGAAAGUAUUACGAUUGUCCAUAAAGUCGCAAAUGGGAAUCUUCAUCGCAGUGGCGUCACUACUUUGCGUGCUUUUAACAGCUUUUGUCAUCUGUGUAUUUAUAAAAUAUUGGGACACGCCCAUGGUGAAAGCCUCAAGUAGGGAGAUGUCAUGCGUCCAACUAACCUCCAUCUUAUUGCUUUUUUGUGUUCCUAUAAUGUAUUUUGUGGAGUUAUCCAUUCCCAUAUGUGUGUGUCGAACCCUAUUUUUCGGAUUUUUUUUUUGCACUGUGGUUUCAAUUAUAGUUAUCAAAACAUACAGACUUCUAAGAGUGUUCAGCGAACGCUUCACACCUGUGUCGAGGUUUCUUCAUAACAAAUAUCAGAUUCUGUUUUCCUACGUCCUAGUCUUGGUACAAGUGGUCGGUACCAUACUAUGGAAUACGCACUAUCCGCCUCAGUUGACAGACAUCAUUGAUUACGAGGAGAUGACCUACUUCCCGACGUGUGGUCCUCGCCAAACGUAUUUAUUCUGGAUUACAGCUGGAUACACUUUUAUUUUGGCUGUGACAAGCUUCUACAUGGCAUUCCGUGCAAGAAAGUUACCCGAGAACUUCAACGAGACGCAGUUCAUUAGCUUCGCAAUGUUUACCGCCUGCGUAAUUUGGCUGUGUUUUGUACCGCUGUUUGUCAGUCUUAAAGGUGUAGAUAUGAUUGCGGCGUUUUUAUCUAUUAAUCUGUUAAGCACUUUGAGCAUACUAUUUAUUUUGUACGGAUAUAAAAUCCGAAUUAUUUUGUUCCUUCCACGUUUAAAUAGUCCGGAACAUUUCCGAAACACGUCAGCUGCGGCGACGGUGACGAACUUUGUUAAAGACGUACAAAAAGCCGACGGCACUACUCGAAUAAGAUACCAAAGCGUAGUGACGUUUGAGAUGGAUAGAACGGAUUGGCCGAGUAGUCCACUACCGCGCAGGCUGACAACUACGUCACUAGAUACUGCAAGCCGAGAAUUUGAAGUCGAGCCGCCCGCUCCGAGAAGGGCGUCGUUUGGCGGUAUUGAAGAGAAAAGACAUCAUGCAGCAGAUGUAUCCGUUGACGUUUUUCACCAUGACGAGUUUGAUAUGAAGAAAUAUGUGUCAACGCCCUUACUUACCGAAGAGGGUGCAAUAGCGCCCCUACGAAGACCUGCAAGCGCUUUAUUGAAUAAAAUGAUGUCCGCUACAAGCAUCAAUCGGUUGUUCGCGGAAAAAAACAAGAAACUGGAAUUAAAAGAAUUAUUAGGUCCGGAAACAGAUUUAUAAGAAGUAGUGUAAUUUCAAAUUUUUUUUGUUAUUGUUAUUUCUUGCGUUUAUAUAUACCAAAGGCUAAUAUUGGAGCUUUCAUUUACACGAGCCGUUUUCUUAAAAUUCUUAUGGUUCCAAUAAAUGUUAAAUACAAUUUGAGAGUUCUUACUGGUAUAAAAGUCUGUUAUUUUGCGGGCAGGGUUAUUUUUUAUUUAGCUUAACCGUGUUUAGAGCAUUAGCGUUUUCGAUCUUCGUCCCUUUAUUUUAGUUUAUAUCAAGAAGGCUAUUAAAUCAGAGGCGAAUAUAUUUCGUGCAUAGAAUUUUUUAUCUUGUCUGUAGAAGACACGUAAAGUUUUUUUUUAUCUGCAGAUUUUUAAUAUUUCAUUUGUAUAUACCAUAUUGUGACAGUAUCGUACCAUGUAGUGUCAUGGUGCAUUAAUUUAUUUCAUAAUAUUUAUUAAAAAUUUUUUUUUCUCGUGUGGAUAUGGGUUUGACAUAGCGAGUGUGGAUUUUUAUAGACUAUAUUAAACGUAACCUCCUUCCCAGCGCUCAAAGAUACAAGAUGAACUGGGGACGAGGUUAUAUUGCACGCUUUUUUUUUCUCGUCAAUGUUUUGUCUUAUCAUUUUAUUUAUCAAUUUGUUUUUUUAUCCAAAUUACUAAUAGGUUGGAAAAAAGCGUAAACUACAACCAGCUAAGCAACUUGACAGCUGAAAGACCCUCUACCCUUCGCAACCUAAUGUCUGACCCCAAAAAUAGAGAGUGCUUAUAAAAAUGUUGUAAUAAACUUUGAAUUUGCUAGGAGAACAACGUAAGUAAAAAACAUAUUUUUAAAUUUAAAACUGAUUAUUAUUCUUAAUUUUAGUUCUAAAUUUUCUCGCUCUUAAAAGUGUGUUCUUAUACAACAUUUGUGAAAGAUAUAAAAAUUACCAGGCUUAAUUUCCUGUAAAAAAUUUUUUGCAAAAGUGACACAAAGUCUUUGGCAAAUUUAUUUACUUGUAAGCCUUAGGAGGCAACGGCCAGCUCAGUACCUAUCAAGGUUAUUGGCAUGUUGGUUAUUAGUUCCCGUCAAGUUAACACCAAUUAUUUUGCAACAUUUUUAUUGAGUAUGCCAGCGUCACAAAAAGUAGUCCUAACUAUAGAUUUGUUUUGUCUCACUUAUGGAUGACUGACAAAUUACAAGUGUAAGCUAAAUAUAAAUCUAACUUUUUACCCCUCCCACAUCAAAUUUAGAACAUGUAAGAUUAAAGUGUCGUUAAUUCCUAAACUCGUCAGUACACUUACACUUUGGCGUGCGCACUUAUAACAUUUGAUUGUUUUCUCAACCAAUGAAAUUUACUGAUUCUGACACGCGCUAGAAUUUGAAAAGACUACAUGAACAGGUUUGCAACUUAUCGCAUCACGGAUGGUUUUAAUAGAAACAAAAGAGUUCAAUCUCCUUCUUCAUUUCUAACGUCAUGACACGACAGAUCAAUUCGAAAUACCUUAAUUCUCCAAAAAACAAAUGUUGUAUAAAAAAUUUAAUGCCUAAAAGAAUUUAAACUUUUUUCCCUUCUCUCCUUGUCAUACGAGAGGUUUAAUUUUAGCUUACAUUUUUCGAUUUAUAUAUUUAUUUUAAUUUUGUAGAAGCUUUGACAUGUUUAUUUGUGACGUAGGAAUUUAUUAUCUUAGAUCUUUAUCAGAGUUUUUUAAAAAAUACAGUUUAUUUUAAAACAUGUUUUUUGUCUUACGUUGUGCUGUGUCAGCUCCAAUUAUGUUGUCGU